AUGACUACCUAUAAAGAUGCACGUUGGGAAUCUAGACUUCCUUAUUUCGAAAACAAUGAAACGUGGAGCUUGAUCGAUUUCUUACAGUGGAGUAUAGUGUUCGCAAAAAGUUUCGGGGAUAAACAGGACGAACACCUUUUAUAUAAAGUUUGUUUAGAGAAACUUCGUCUCAAACCGCAACUACUAAAGUCUUGUAGCAGUGAACUCGUAGAAAAGCUGGUCUCGAAUUGUAUUAGUUCAUUUGAGAAGGAUAUAAAAUCGUCCAAAGUCAAAGAGUUCUGGGACAACAGUUCUACUGUUAUGGAAGCGUUAAGAAAUGCAUCAGUUACAAAUUCAAAAAACAUAAUUCACCAAGUGUUAGGCCUGCAGACUGAUUUUAGCGAAGUACUUUCUAACACUACGCGGGAGACCAUACAACCUGCUUUGAAACGUAAGUCAACAGUCAUGGAUGAGUCAGAUUCUGAUGCCACGAAAACUGAUGAGUCAAAUGUUUCCAAUGCUCCCGAAGACAUUGAAGAUGUUCUUACGAGAGACAAUAUUAUUGAUGACGAAAAAGUAGAAGAGCAUAAUCUUGAGAAAAGCUGGGAGUUCAAAGAACCAAUUCCUGGCUGGCUCAAACUGCUUCAUCAACAUCGCGAAGAUCUUGCCACCACAAUUGACCUCAAAUCACUUUCCCAAGUAGCAGAAACUGCCAUUUGGUGGCGUGUAAUUGACACAUGUGAUCCGAAAUUAACUGAAAUUAUUACGGAACGAGAGUUUUUAAACCUAAGCGAAAGUUUACUUUCCAACCUUCCAUCGGACUGGGAAGUGUUAGAGCCACCAGCUGAAAGAUGCUUGCACUCAAUUGCAAUGCUGGAUAAGAAAGGAUUGAAGAAGAUUUUGACUACUUCGAACAAAUGUGAAGAUGAAAACCCCUUCCUUGACUCUCCACCUACUGAAAUCACAACUAUCGAUAAUUUUUUUCAAGAUGGAGAUUAUAAACACCCAGAUGUCUAUUACAUCAUUGAACUUCUUCACUAUACAUACAAUAUGAUCGAUAAAAAAAUUCCGCAACGAGAAAAUUCGGAACGGGAUAUUGAUGUGAUUUUCAAGUCCCACAUGUUUUCUUGCUUUGAUGACAUUAUGGAUUCGCAUUUUGGGGAGAUGGUUUCCAGAGCUUCACGACAACGCCGUACUCAAGCAAUUGAUGCUUCUGAUAAAGCAGAAGGUUAUCAUCUAGAUUGGCUUUUUACGAGACAUGAUCUCGCAAGAGAUCUUACCUGGGGGCGAGAAUUUUCACUGUGUGAAAGAGCAGGGUCUAAAAUUGAAAAUGGUAGAAAAAUACUAGAUAACACCUUAAAAGUACAAAAAACUCUGCGUGACAUGCACCAGACGUUAUUAGAAACCUUGUCUAACGCAGGUGGUGGUGCUGUUCCUGUCAAAGUUGCUCAAGCUUUCCGAAAACUGCUUCUGCCUGGAUUUAUCUCAUCUCGAUUUUUUAUUCGGGUUUUGUUAAAUGUAUACAUUGGUGGUAAAUACCAUGGAUCCGUUAUACUGGCAGAAUUUGAUGUACCCACUCGAUUUGAUGAAAUGAGCAAGAUUGUAACAAUAGCACGGAUGAUGUUAAACAUAAAGAAUAUUUUCAAACAAACCAUAAGAACCUUCACUUUGAUGGAGGAAGCUUCCAAGAAGAAGAAACACUCUGUAGAUAACGUAUUGGUGCCAUCAAGAGUCAAAGAGCAUGUGUCUCCUAGAGCUAAGAAACAACAAAGUUCUAAAACUAAGAAGCGAAAAACUUAA